AUAAAUUAUUAUGUGAAUUCAAUUUUCUGAGCAUCAUUCACCAACUCAGUUUCAGAGAUACUGAAGCUUCUGUUUAGCUAGCUGACAAGUCCUCCUCACAUUCAGUGGGUCUUCUAUUUUAUUCUGUCACUAUUUCAUUACCAAACCUCAACUCAACUCAACUCAACUCAACUCAGUGAGCUAUUGCUGAGUUAGCUACUCUGCUGUUCUUUCUAGAAACAGAGACAAAGUGGAUUAUGCUGUUUUGGGUGUUCUUCAUAUAGAGCUAGAGUCAUGCUCUCGCUCUCUUUGGGUCGAUUGGUUGCGGUUUCACCCACUAUAAAUAGAUAUGGAUCGUAUAGCUUUCAGAGUCCGACUUCCAGAUUCAACCAUAAAUCAAGCUUCAGGUUGCGAUCCUUGGCCUCUGACGCUGACCCUUCUUCUUUUGCUCAAUCCGUCGACUCUGAUUCAGCGGAAACCAAUCCCUCUGGAUUCUGUAUUAUAGAAGGCCCUGAAACAGUGCAAGACUUUGCCAAAAUGGAACUGCAAGAGAUUCAGGAUAAUAUUCGGAGUCGUCGCAACAAAAUCUUCUUGCACAUGGAAGAGGUUCGCAGGCUGAGGAUACAGCAGAGGAUUAAAAAUGCAGAGCUCGGAAUGUCAAGUGAAGAGCCAGAAAAUGAACUUCCAAAUUUUCCAUCAUUCAUUCCAUUCUUGCCUCCCUUGACUUCAGCAAACCUUAAGCAGUAUUAUGCUGUAUGUUUUUCUCUUAUCACAGGAAUCAUCCUUUUCGGGGGUCUCCUAGCACCAGCUUUAGAGUUAAGGCUAGGAAUAGGAGGCACAUCAUAUGAAGACUUCAUAAGGAGUAUGCAUCUGCCUAUGCAGUUGAGCGAGGUUGAUCCCAUAGUAGCAUCUUUCUCGGGAGGAGCAGUUGGAGUGAUCUCCGCGCUGAUGGUAGUAGAAAUAAACAACGUAAAACUGCAGGAACAUAAGAGAUGCAAAUAUUGUCUUGGAACUGGAUAUCUUGCUUGUGCUCGGUGUUCAAGCACAGGAACCCUUGUGCUUGCUGAAGCAGUAUCAACCGUUGAUGGUGCGGAUCAGCCUUUAUCCCUUCCUAAAACUGAAAGAUGUUCAAACUGCUCAGGAGCCGGAAAGGUUAUGUGCCCUACAUGCCUUUGCACAGGGAUGGCCAUGGCUAGCGAGCAUGACCCAAGAAUCGAUCCCUUUGAUUAAGAUUAUACCGCCGCAUCUAUUGUCCCUUUUACAAGUUGCAAGUUACAGCCUUUCUCUCGGUGUCAAUCCUAUGCCCUUGUGCUAGAAACCUGCAAUGGACAUGUAUAGUUGUAUACACAAACGGUUCAGUAAUAUGACCAUGCAAGUGAAGGGUUCAUUUGAGAAACUUAUUUAUGGUGGUAAAAUUUGUAUCAUAUUUCACCUACUCCUGAGCUAGCAAGGCAACAAGUACUGUGAGUUAUAUGGUCAAUUAGUUCCCUGA